AUGUCAGGAGAAGAAACCAAGGGAGCGUACACAGCCCGUCCUCCUUCGUCUUCAUUGAACGAGGGCAGCGUGAAUAUGGUCUGCAGUCAAAGCAUAGUCGACCGUGAUGAUCCCAGUGAUUCUCGGGAAUUUAUGAGUACUUCUGUUUACAAUGAGUUCGAUAGCGUAAGUAAAUUUAAUGCCAUUUCAUUGUCGUAAGAAAGAAUUCAACAGUUUUGGGUUUAUUUUUCCUUAUGUCUGUUAGACGCAUAUAUUUCAAAAUAUCAAACGAAUGGUGUGUCUUUCUGUAUGAGUAAAGACUAAGCUGUGUCAGAAUUCCAUGCCUACUCCCACUAUUUAUUAGUUAUGAAUAAUCAUUUAGUUUAGAAUGGCGAACUAUUUUCGUGAAAUUUCCUUAAAAACUGAGCAGGGAACUCGUUCACUUCUAAGAACACAACCACACGCUGACUUAAAAACCGUUUAUUGUACUUUGCGGUAAACGUACAUAUUUUCAGAGUUCAAAGAGCAGUAGGUGAUCGGCGUUUGUAACAAUCUGCAUGACACAGGUGUGUGCGCAGUAACCCAAAGAAUUUCCUUCCGCUGUACACCAAAGGAUCACUUUUUUCCCGUGAUGAAAAUUCAAUUCCCUAUGUUCAAGAUGACAGUAGAUUUUCAUGACAGCGUUGACCCAUGUUAUUGCAUCCGAUAUGUUUGCUUUGGACUCUAGAAGCCAACUGACAGGCGUUAAGCUUAAUCCACACAGUUAAAUUAUGGAUUUGGAAACUUGAAUUAAAACAUCCUAUUCUUAUUACAGCCAGUAAUUUUUUAUUAAGCGAUUAUUCUAUUUCUGUACUGACGGUUUAGAUGCGCUGAGGACUUUUGUUAAUGAGAAAGCCUAAAACUCAGUUGGGUUAGACAUGACAGUGGUUACCGCAGUGUUACAGGUAGUCUUGGACUAAAUUCCGGGGAGGGAUUAGUGUUAGGGUUAUAGCCAGGACACGGAAUAGGAAUUCCUCUGGGACCCCACCAGUAAAUGCAGGUGGUCUUCCCCUAACUGUGAGGAAAGUUACCUAUUUCCGUAUUCUAACCCUGGCCCUUAGCGCCACUUGGAAUUUGACUCAGGACCGCCUGUAACACUAAGCACUCGUGUCCCACCAUAUACUGCAACCAGUAUUCACACAGGCUUGUCAACAACAGAUAAGGGCAUUGACAAAUCAAGUUUCCUCUAGGGAAGAAUGCACUCCUGGUGCAAAUUCUGUCCAUCUGGUGUCGUCAUUUUACUAUUCUCGAACAGUAGCUAUAGUGUGUUUCCUUCAUGUCCCACACGUAUGUGUAAUCCUUGGUUUCCUUAAUCUGGCCUUCUUCACUUUUUGAAAAGGAUAUUGCCACCAUGAAGUCGGUGGCCGGUGAUGGUGAAGAAAAGACCUUCUCCUUCUCCGGUGGUCUCAUCCUUUCCUGUCUGGGUUGCGUUCUUGGCACCGGAAAUAUUUGGCGAUUUCCCAGGGUUUUGGCUUCGACAAGCUCUGACGGAGGUAGGACUCGGCAUGCUCCUGAUUAAGCUUCACCUGUUAAAGCACUUGACCAAGGGGGCUCGCCUCUUGCUACACCGUAGUGUUUAUCUCUCAAAAGAGACAUUUUACUUUCCUCAAAACAGGUAGCCUCACUUUCAUCCUCGCAUGGGCCUGUUUUCUCUUUACUUGGUCAAUCCCACUGGUCGUUACGGAGUACACGAUGGGACGUUUUACAAGGGGAUCACCCCUUACAUCCUUCUACAAGUUCCUCGGUCGAAAAUUCCUGUGGGUUGGAGCCUGGGUGACUUCUGUGGCAUUUUUCAUAAGGCAAGACCGCUUCUUCAGUUGCAGUUUUGACAUUUCAUGAUUUUUGCAAGGCUCGAAAAAUCAGACACAUUAACUCGCAUUUUACCACUUUCUCUUUUAGCGCCUACUUCUCUGUUGUUGUGGGCUGGUGCUUCUUUUACUUUUAUCUGGCUUGCGCUCAACCGAUGCUGCCAGAAUCCCCAACAGAAAGCGCAGAAAUAUUUCACUGGUUUACUGUGAGUGCUAGCUUUGCAAAUCAUUCCUGCAAUAUCUACCACUUUCUGAAAGUUGGUGCUCACGCUGAAAUUCGUUGGUAAUCAUCCAAAUCAAUGCUUCGGUUAAAAGUAACCAAUUACCACACCACGAAUGUUUCGCAAUUCUAAAACGUAUUAGCAAAGUAGAAAGUUGCUGGAAAAUCACUAUUAUGGAAAAAGGUAUAAUAUGUCCCUGAGGUAGCUUGGGGACCCAAUAAUUCGUGCAAAAACGGGGAUGACUCUUGAUUUGCAGCUUAAUCACAAUAUGGUAUGCAUUUCUGAUCUAAAAGUACAGAACAGUGAAGCGAUGCCACUUUUUAAGUUUCAAAGGUCACACGCCGAGCCUAAAACUUGACAUUUACGGUAUGUUGUAAACUUCAGGAGGUAUAGCAAAAAUGUACAUUUACGAUACUGAAUGAAGAAGGAGCGUGAACUCACACCUACGUCGUAUUUUCAACUAGCAGAGUUUAAAUGAAAUAAGCACUUGGAGCAAAUCGCUGCACAUAUAACCGUAAUCCUACGGUUGCUUUCACCCCGAAAACUCAAAAGUUACACGUUUUUUUAUUACCUUUUCAUGGGAGAUUUGUGUUUCGUAAACGUCAGUGGUUGAGCGCAGUCAUCUUAGGAAUGAGCAACUACAACGUUUAUGAACAGUGAUCCGUUUAUUCGCAUCUUUGGUCAACUGUAACGUAUUAAUUUCGCAUCUACCAAAGGGUCGCGAGAACUCUUUGAAGGAAAAUCGCGGCAGAUCGUAUGCGUAGUUGGUUUACGUUAAGAAAGAAUGAAAGAAAUGAAUGAGCAGGCAACACACGAUGUAUGAAUGCGGCUUUUUCAUUUUAACGGGUCGACCUCCUUGACAGUGCUUGCAACCACUGGCUCCUUGCUUCUUGUGUUCAUGAAAAUGUUUUCCACCUGCAGAGCAGUUCAGAAUAAACUUAUAUGAUUUCCUUUCUAGUCUACCUACUACCCCCUGCUGACACACACCAUCUGCCUGAUUAUCUGUGGAGUCUGCGUGUUUUGGGGCGUCAAGGGCAUAGAAAUCGCCAACAGCUGUCUUGUACCUCUUCAGCUUUUUAUUGUUCUCUUCACUUUUGCUUGGUCACUGACUCGAGAGUACGCCGACGUUGGCAUCCAGUUCAUGUUCACACCGAACUGGCGUGAGUUCUACUAACAUGUUCCUCAUUUAUAAACCUAAACCUUUAAACAAUCUGUUUCAUUCAAGCAUCUCUUCACUGAAAAGAAGGAAACUCAAUAGCUGGAGCAAAAAAGUUUGUUCGCCCAUAGACGAGGAUGGAGGCAGUUAAAAUUAAUGGACGACCAAGAGAUUGCAGUAUUUAUGGGAUGCAGUUGUCAUGAAGUCUCAUGCCUACAAAAUUUGCAGCUAUCACAGCCAUUAGCAGAUGGUCGUAUCUUGUGCGGCGAUCGACCGGCUGGUCGAGUUUAAAUCGGUACUUGUUGCAAUGUCAUCACCAGUUUGAAUCGGAGACUUCUUUUUCUCCAACGAUCGAGUCUCCUUCUUUUCAACUGCUCUGCGGAACUUGUUUUUUUCGUUUGUAUUGACAUCCCCAGCUACUAAUUUUCUCCUCUCUUAACGACAGACACAUUGGCCGACCCAAAGUUGUAUGUGGAGGCGGCAUGCCAGAAUGCGUUCGACACCGCCGCAGGAAUGGGUCUUUUCUCGGCUUACGCGGCCUACUUUACCCGGAAGACUGGCGCUGUUCGCUUUGGGAUGUUUCUACCAAUGAUUAACAAUCUGGUCAGGCGAGUGGAACUGCGCAGUGUAAUUGCGCAACAUAACUUUGCAUGAACACCAGGGAGGACCUAAAUAAUCUCUCAUUUGCGUGCUCUUUUACAGCCUGGUUUGCGGUUUCAUGAUAUUUGCCACGGUCUUCUCCACGCUAAUCGCGACCGAGCCUACACUGACAAUUCCACAAAUCGUUGGGAUCAUGAAGGACACUGGCCCCGGAAGUACAGGUCUCACAUUUACUUGGUGAGUCUGCUCUCUAUAAGAAGACGAUCAAAGAUGCCAUGCGUACGACAGGCAAUUUGAGAAAAAGUCACACACAUAAUUAAAAGGCUGAAAUGUCAGGACUGGAGCACUUACCAGAAAACGCGCGGAGAACGCUGGAAGGCGCCCUGAAGAGCCAAACUUCUCGCGGCUGUGUCAUGCAGCCGCAGUAUAUCGGCAAAACACGUGUCUGGGCCUUUAGAUAGUAUCUGUGCCGUCAGUAUGGUAAAUACUGAAAUACGGACAUUCAGUAUUUAGUUAAGAAAGGUAUAUUUACCUUCAAAUGACAACGGAACGCAGGGUAACGGUAAGUGUAGGACCAAAACCAACUUGAGCUAGCCUGUGGACCGUGCCAUAUGUUGAAUAGUGGUAGAGGGGGUUUUACGAGUGGGGCAACGCGCAGGACGGAGAGCGGAUGGAAUGCAAGAAGACAUAGAAACUGGAUAAAUUUCUACCAAAAGUCUUAUCAUACGCUGUUAUUUGGCAAAGAAAGUGAGCGCGAUAAUUAAAAAAUAAACGAAAAGCAAUUUUCAAAAAUUAACGGAUUUUGAAUAAACCGCCGCUGGUAAGUUUACAUUUAGUCAAGAAGGCAGGGCAAUUUCAACCAAUAGAAACCAUGAAUAGUAGUAACAAUAAGCCACACUGAAUUGUAGUGUAUAUUUUGGAGUUGCCAGCUAUGUGGGGUCCUACACCCCAUCGUUAUCGAAUGCAGUUUAGAGACAGUCUUGAAGUAAUCCAGAAGAGGCUUAUUCAUCGUUUCUAAAAAUGUGAAAACAGAUCACAGUCUUACAGUGCCUGUUUGCUGGUGCGCAUGCGUUUGUAUGACUAGGGAUUAGCCUGAUGCUAGACGGAACAUUUCAUUAGAUGUGAUGAAAUGUUGUCCACGCAGUCCCACUAGGAGUCCAUAGGGUGUGCACCUGGCUAGAAAUCGUUUUAGCCGACAGUGACAAGAUUUUCUGUUUGAAGAUUAAAAUCUUUCUAUUCGAUUAACUGCGUUUAAAAUUUUCAUCUCCAUCAGGCUACGACCCAUGGGGCUUGUGAUUCGGCCCAAGCUGCAAGCUGCAGCCUUCCCCACCAACAUCAGGCAGUCUUCGACGCAUUAAGAUUGCGAUUGGUAGGGUUUAUUCUUAAUCAGUCGCACUAACAUGCUCUCCUACAACUCAGACGUGUCUCUUUAUGAUGCGAACAUGACCGUCUCUCUCUGUGUGUGUCAAUAUCGGUGUGCCUACAUGUGUGUGUGAUCUGGUGUGUAUAAGAUGCAUUAAUUUUCGGCAGAGUGAGCUUCGUAUGCAUAGUGUAUGCCGAAACAUGUAAAAUCGACCAAAAUCAUCAGCUUUGUUCAAAGUAAGUAGUUACCAGGGCAGGAUUGAAAUAGCGGCGAAAAGUGGAACAGGGUUUGAAACUACUUCAUGCGCAGACGCAUGUUGGCCUUUCGGCGAGAAAUUUCUUGGCCGCCUGUGUUGAUCUCACCCCCAGAAAUCCGCCAGAAAUGAAAAUUUACUUUUCAGAACCGAAAGCAGGCUUUUUUAGAAGUUAGUAGUAGCGAUUGUUUUCGUUAUAUUUAUUUUCUAGACAAUUGCGUACUUCACACUGGUUACCCGAGCACGUAGCGUUGUUCUCUUGGAAACAAAUUCAAAACAUGCGGGCUUCUGAGAUCUUCGGUUGAAAAAAUGAGCCGCGUUGAUAAACACAUGUAAUAACAAUAUUGUUCAGGUCCUCGAAACCUCUUCAAUUUUUCAUCAGAAAACUUGCAUCAGAGGAGACUUAAACACUGACGGUUGUGUUUCAAAACUAGUCAUAUCACAACACCUUAAAAUGGCGAGAUUAUUUAUGUCAUAGGGAACUGAACCAUGCUGCCAACGAAAACAAGCUUUAUAUUUUUAGCCGAUAGAUUAUACGAAGAUACAGACAACGAAAUUAACGCACCCACUUGAGAUAUUUGCCUGUAACUUUCUGGAGUCGUGCUUGCGUUUGUGCAGGCAUGUAAAACAAGUAGAAUAAUGCAUACCUGAUCAUAAAGCUUUACUCGGGUGAGAUCUACACAAGCAACUUGAAAUAUUAUCAGCCGAAAUAUAUAAUUUUACGAUGCACAAAAGCAAAUAAAAUUAUUUUUGCCCAAACAUGUGAAAACACUACUUAGAGAUAUGUUUUGAUUGCAGUUAAAUGAUUCUGGUUCAAGGUUUUUAAGCAUUGAUGUGUAAUGCAUGCUACUGAAGCCGACUUCCUGGUAGUGGAUUAGUUGUUUAAAAAAGUAACAAAGUAUGGCUAUCUGAAUGUAUGAGCAAUGUCAGAACUGGGGACUGUCCAGAUUGCAUGCUUUUAAAGGUUUGCUCUGCAGGAAUGCUCAGUUUUCUUCAUGUUGCAUUGCCUUUUUUCCGACAUCUGGCCGCCACAAGCUAUGCGCCUUCCACUGUCGUGCAGAUACGCGGCAUAUCGACCCACUCCGUAAAACUUUUCUUCCUCACUGAAAGCCUUUCCAUCCCUCUGAAGUGAAAUGAACUACUGUUGAGAAUGUCGUUACGAGGAAGUUGACUGGUCUGCCACGCGAGUGUCCAAAUAACCCUUUGCCUGCGAUACAGAGUUUGAAAUUUUUUCCAAAUUACAGCUGACUGUUGGCAGCUUCCUCAGUUACCGUGCAAUGAACCUGCUAAAAUCCUGUGAUGUCUGACAUUGCGCCGUGAAAAAAUGUUCAAAACUACCGUACACUGUGUAUUUCAGUUAAUCAAUGUCUAGUAAAUCCUACGAAAUACGGGAGUCGCCUAACGAACUUCUGGUAGGAUUUGUCUAACACGACACGUUUUAUUAUUUAAGACGACGAAGGAAAUGAAGUCCCUUCUUGUCGGAAUAUUUCAUGCAACCGCAUUUGAGCAGAAAAUAUUUGUUUGCACAAAGGCCUGUUAAGUAUGCGUGGCCUCCUGUUUUGCAAUCUGGACAAACUCUACGCAGAGAUACUGGCAAUCGGGCAUUGCCUGUCAUGGUCAUGCGCAGAAACGAUAAACCCGCGCAAACGCCGGACAGCCGCCUUGAAGAGUUUUUGUCCUGUCAACAACCCGUGUUAUUUUUAACUAGGUGACCCGUUCACUCCUGUGCAAUUUCGCCUCCCGCCAUGCAAAAGUGAAAGUCACAAUUAGGAGGGGGUUUAUUUCCUAAUUACAGAUAUUAUUUUGAUCUAUUUACUCCUCAGUUCUGUAUUCAGCAAAAGUUUCGACAGCGGAUUUAUGAUCUGAUCUUUUUACUUUACAUGAGGGUCAGUGGCAUGCAGUAAUUGCUAACACUUUCUUAUCAUGUUCUGCUAACGCUUAUUGACGUGCUUCUUAAUAUUCACUGGCUACAUGGUUAGUGUUUUUCACGUGUUUAUUGCUCAGAAUUGUUAUCACUCCCCAAGAAGGUGGAAGAUAUAGACAACGUACGGUUCUUAUUUUGUAAUAUUUGAGUGGCCUUGUCAGAUGGCAAUGGAAUAUAAUUCAAGUGGUUUGACCGGCGUUAUUUACCAGGUCCAGAAACUGUACAUCUCCGGCCAAGACAUUCACGUUACAGACUUUUCGGAAAAGAACUUCACAUUCGCGUUUGACCGUUAGAUGGCCACUCGCUUCAAAAUGCCAAAAAGGAUAUCUGCAUGUCAGAAAUCUGAACUUUGGCUCCUCUGCACACGCAUUUUCAAGACGCGACGUUUCCAAACCAGAAGCUUAGACUUCAUUUUGCGAAAACUGGAAUGAAAGAGAUCUCUUAGUUAUAUGAAAAGUGAGCCGGCUUGACUAUCUAGUAAAAUGUACGUCCGUUGACCUUGCAAAACAAACUCGAUUACUAUCAGCUUGCUAACUGCACUGCCUGAGGAAUAGAUAGUUGAUGUUUAUUUACCUGAUUAAGUAGACCAGAAACCGUCACUUAUAAAAUUUUAUCAUUUGCGUUCAGGAUUCCAGUGCUGAUGGCAAAAUUGGGGACCUUUGGACGCGUUUUAUGCGGCCUUUUCUUUCUCUGCCUGUCAUUCGCCGGUAUAACCUCGAUGAUUUCCUACAUUGAACUCACGGCCAGAACUAUUCAGGAUUUUGGAGGUAAAGCAUAUUGCCAAUCAGUAAUAUUUUGGCAAUGUCAUUCUUCACUUUCUGCUCUAGAUCGUGUUUGCGUUCACACAAAAGUAACUGUUCACCUGUCUCCGUAUAUCUGGCCUAACGUUUCUCCGACAACGGAAGCUUGCGUUUUGUAGCUUUACACUUCAAGAGUGUAAUCUGGGCAUUAAAAGCGUUGUCUAAUCGAAAAUGCAUAAAUAUUUCUAAUUGCACGGACACAACCUACAUCUGAGUGAAUUCGCCAUGCUAUACUUUGAAACAGACUACGUAUGCCUUAUGCGAGAAUUCUUGCAUCAGAAUAAACGGGCUCAUCGGGCUUAUGUCCCUAGGCCAAAUGAAACGUAUAUGCCGUUCCAUUGCAGCACAAUGCACUUAGUCACUCGCGAUAAACUUCGGUAAAUUGUUCCCUGAUAGUUGAGAUGCAAACCAGUGUACUGGAGCACCGCUAUAAGUUAGGAAAUUGAAAAGGAUCUGGAACUUCUUCCAAAAAUAUUCUUUAUAUUAGGUCCGCACCAAACACUCGGUGCAUUUAUUUACGUAUUUUUCCUCUUAAAGAGAGAGAGGCAAUGAUAUUCACAAGACAUGUAUUCGAAUUAGCCCAUUUGGAGAAUAAGACGCAAAUAUCCAAAGGUUUAAAAGUGAGGGGUUGCAAUUAACAGAUGGGCAUCUUUACUGUGCUUCUUGUUCGGCCGGAGUUUUAACGUUUAAUUUGGUACACAGAUUUUCCAAACUGUUUAUUUUUAAAGUGAAAUCUAAAAAAUACUCUGCAAACGACAUAUUUGAAAAGUUUCUCUUUUUAAUUAAGUCAGGAGAACUUAUGCGACGAUUGCCUCCCUUAUCGUUACCUUUCUCGUGGGAGUUCCCUCAGCGAUUGACCUGCGUGCUUUGACGAAUCAGGUUUGUUUAGACUUAGUUAGGCUUUUUACUAAUGUACUGUAUUUACGUAUUGUCAAUGUGGGCAAAUUAUUUUUUUUAUAGGAUUUCGUAUGGGGUUUCGCCCUUAUGAUUUCUGGUCUGUGCUACUGCUUCCUCGUGAUCCGUUACAAACCCAUGCGCUACCGAAAGGUGAUCGUUAAUGACUUUGGAAUUGGCGAUCUUAAACUUCACAUACCCUGGGUGGCAGUUAUCACGUGAGUGCAACGAAACAUUUGGGUUAUUUGGGGUUGCACUAAACUGUUUCCUUCAGAAGUAACCUAAACCAGCUAUAAGUUGGAAAGCUUAUUCCGUCGUACAUCUCUCAGUGCUGUUAACCAAUACAAAAUCCUCUUGAAUACAUAAUUAAAUGUCAUAUUCCAGCAUAGAAAAUUAGUAGUAAGUUCGCGACCAAAGGACUAAGACAGGCCACGCACCUCCUUUACAGUGUCCACUUGAGAUCGACGUAGGCAGUACUAUGACCUUUGUAUUAUGACGAGGUUCGAAACCAAAAUAUGAUAAAAUAAGUACUCUGUUUUUAGCGUCCUCGUGCCGAUUGAAGCAGUUGGACUCAUUGCCUGGUGGGCGUACGAAAGUAUAAGCCAAAAUCCUGACUGGUACAAGUUUACCGCGGAGUCUUUCAUAGUAAUUAUCUUGGAGGUAAGUGAAAAUUUUGCGGUUAUAUAUAUGCUUACAUUGUUUUGACGAGGGAAUCGUCAGGGAAACACCAGAUUUAUUAAUACCGAAAUCCACACUUACAUCUGGUUACCAUUUCAACCAGGGAAGUACGAUAAGCGGGCCAAGAAUGGUUACCCGAAUGUACAGAAAAUUUUCUUUGACGAAACGACCUGACCUUUUGUUCAAGUUAUGUUACCACUCAUAUUAAGAGCUUUGGCUUUAAACGUACGUAAUCAAAAUUGUUUUCGGUAGCUUACUAACAGUGCGCUAGAUCCCACUAAAAGAAAUCUUUCAGACAAUCAUGGUUUAGAAUCCGCUUUACUCGAUCAACACUUGACAGCUGUAUUUUAAUAUUGGGAUCGAAUUCUACGUAGUUUCGUUACUGAUGGAAUGCACAAUGCUUUCUGAUAAGAAAAGAGUGCGAGGGCCACUAUUAUCUAUUUUCUACUCAACAUCGAUAUUUCAAUUGUCUUUAAAGUCUACGCAUAUGAAAGAAUCGUAGUUUGGUAAAUCACAGAAAUCGGUAAGAAGACGUUUACGGAAAUUGAAAAAUUUAAAACCGGCUUCUCUCCUCUCAAACACCUAUUUUCGUCUUAAGGUGCCACUGACACAAGCCUCUUAGGAUUAAGGUGUUUUCAGGGCAGGGUAUUAUAAGUUAACUGGAAUCGUUUCUCCUCAUCAGGGUUAAUGGAUGUUUGUAGGAUUGACUUUUGUUUUUCACGCGGAAACCUAGAAUACGCACAUAGGCUAUUUUAAUUCAGUCAUUCAUUCGCCCCAAAUGUGAAAGCUCGGGUGCCUUGGUGCGAUUCGGGCCCACGAGGCCCCACCGGGGGGCGUGAGUUUAGUCACACUUGGGUCAAGUUAUCCGCCCAGCCUACUGCAACGUACGGAAUCCACCAAUUAUGAGACAGUAAGUUGGCUGCCCAUGCAGGAUGUCUUUAGCCAUCGAUCUAGAAUCCUCCAGGCGCAAUUAAUUAGUAGGAGGUUUGGGCCGAUUCGAAUAACUCAGGUGACUCAUUUGGGAGUAACUCGGCGGCCUCGGUGGGAUUCGAAUUCACAACAGCAAACAUCGCCGAGUUCUCACAAUGGGGUUCAAUGAGUUAUUCGAAUCUGUCAAAACACCCUAUUAUUUUAGUCAUUAUCAACAUUCGGACUUGUCUUUUCCGCAGUACACACCCCGUAGUGUUUGCGAGGAAUUAUAGGACAAGAUAGAUAAAUGGGAAUGUUUAGUGUUAAGGAUCUUCGAUGAGUGUCACAACUCAUCAGAUGUAAAGUGUCUUUUCUUGUUGUCCAGAUGGAGAGAAUACUGAACCUUUUAAUUAACAAACUGGCGGAGGUUACUACCGUCUUGUGUCUGUGUCGUGCUUGAAUGCCGUGGUUCUGGCAUGUGGGGUGGAAUAUUCAUCUAUCUUGCAAACGAACAACACCUUAUUAAUAGAACAACUGAGAGCAGAUGAAAGAUGCUAAGCUCUGAAAUUCUUUGAAAUGCCAUCCACUUUUUUGAAGUAUGAGACAGCUGUUUGUGCAUGUGUUCAAGUUUCAAAAUUUGUGCUUUGGAAAGAUGAGCAGUUCUGCCGAUUUUUAAUGGAAAUACUUACUUUUCUGGAUUCUAGUGGAUCAUCGUAUUUGUUCUGUUGGGCGUAAUGAACCUCAUCGUGUACUUCCGCAAGAAUGAAUUAUUUGAAAAGAGUCCGGAUAUUGGUUUUGAUCCCUAUCACCCUGAAAGGAUUCCGUCACGCGAAGACUGGCUCACUUCACGGGAAAUCCCCGUCGUUUCUCAGGAGUGCAUUCUUAACUCAGAUCCUCACAUACCCUUGUAUUAA